AUGGGAGCUUAUCCCACAACUCAUGUUGCGAAUGGUUGCCCACAUCCGAUUUGGGUCAUGUGCGAUACAGAUCGACAGCACACGAUCGGUGGGUCCGUUACGUUAGGCAAUGCCAAUAUCGAUCUCAACAAUGUUGAUGUUUCAAAUUCAGCGAUUGAAGCAGGUAAGCAAUAUUUUUCAACAAAAAACCAACAAUGUAAUCAAUUGUUAGGUAUGACAAAAAUCAGCCCUGGCAAUUAUUUGGGCUUUAAGCCCAAGAUCGGCAUAGGAGGCGCGAACUGGAUUAAUCGAAAUACUGUUUAUAUAACAAUCGAUUAUGAAGACCAAGAAGGAAAAAUGCAUACAAUAUGCAGGGCGUUUCCAAAAGCAUCAAAUGAAAGUGUAAUUGUAGCCCGCGAUUACACGGUGCGUGCAACGAAAAUGGGUGAAAUAUGGAUUGAUACAUCUGGAGCAAACCAUCGCCCUAAUGCAGUGGCGGAUCCAGAGCAGUUGGUGCCGGAGGCACCGAAGGUACCGAAUGUGCAGUCCCAGCCCAUGUCAACAAUGAUUGGUAUGUUCCAUAUUCUUUUAUGGUAUCUUUUUCGACAUUGA